AGCCACUGACGUUCGCAGACUUCGCGCCAGUUUUUUGUAUCCGAAAGUUUUCGAUCUUUUCCGAUCUCCUGUUCAGUUAAUCUCUGUAUGUGGACAUUACACGGCAGUGUUUACCUAGUGAAUUAUUCAUACAUCAGUUUCAUGCCAGACUUUUACGAACGCAGUCGGUUUGAAGGAAACUUAAAAUCAUAAAAGAUUUUUGCUGUCGGUUUAAAAUUCAAAUAGUCUAAAACACGCAUGAUAUUCAAGCAUCUAAUUAACGAUUGAUAUUAAAGUGUAUAUUCUAAUAAAGUGCGUGAUGUGUGACAGGAAAUCGUGAAAAAUGAACAGCUACAAAAUGUGUAUAUAAGCAAAUCUUUAUUAUCUCUGUUUGAAGUUUAUUAAACACAAUUUCACAAUCGACUUUUCAAUAUCUGACUUAAAAUUAAACAAAUACUUUCAAAAUCCGAAACAUAAAUUCACUAACACUCUUCAAAAUUAUUUUGCGCACUAAAAUAAAAAAAAACAGUCUAAAAAAAUUUUAAAAACUGUAAUUUUCCACGUAUUCAUUGUCCGGAUUUUCUGUAAAUUUGGCAGAGUCACGAUGAGCGUGGGCACUUAUCGCGUUUUUAGUGAGCAACGAUUGAGAACUACAUCAACUAUACGACACCAAGAAGAUCUUGUGUUACACUUGUUACAUGGAUAAAUUCAAUGUGGAUGUGGAUGUGAAAAAUCGCAGAGUCCCGACCUCGUUUCACUGUUCUUUGAUAGCGGAUUGUCAUACAAGGAAAAAGAAGUUGCGAGGAAAAAAGAGAAUCGAGUCGAGACUUGGUGGGAGACCGGAAGUGAGUACGGUGGGAAGGAAGCGAAUCGCUUAGAACUUUAGGAGAAAUUGUGACCAGUUUAUAGAAAGAACAGGUCGCAGAAGCUGCGAAGGUCGACUCGCACAUGUUGGAUUUACAAUUACAAGACCCCCUGGAUGGGGGUCAUCCUGUGUCCCAUCCUGUCAAAAACUGCCCAACUCUGCCAUCCAGUAGAAGUUUCGUAAACCUGCGGCUCAGCUCAGAAAGAUACAGGAAUAAAUUCAAUCGGAAGCUCAAAAUUGAUGAAAUGUUGUACAAGAAUCAUGAAAUUCGCAAGAAGGUAUCUACAAAACACUGUUGCGAGGGUGGUUCGUGGAAGAAUCCGUGGUAUUUCCAGUGGCAUUUUCACUCGAAAAGGGGAAGCAGAUGCCGGAAAACGGGAAAACGUGCUUUUUAGGGAGUCUGUCUGUGCCGAGUUGAGAGUAAAGUAAAGCAAG